UGUUGUUAUUCUUCUGGCAGAUGUUUUCCUUCCUGACUCACAUAUGCCAGCUGUAACCUUCCUCCAAGAACUGCCCAGUUACCAGUCUAUGCGGAGGAGAAGACUGUUAUCCCCACAUGUGGGCAACUACCACAGUUUAGCCCGAUCGGCUUCUGGAGAGACCAGGAAUCUGCUCAAAGGGACAGAAUUCAGAAGUCUCAACUUGGCAUGCCCGCUGAGAGAAUGUACCUUGUCGAUUGCGGAGAAGAGACGUUUAAGGGAGAUUGAGGAAAAACACAUAAAAUCUCAGUCAAGGUGGGAUCAGUGGAAGAAAUCAUCUAAUAGAUCACUAAAAAGAAUUACAGAGAAUGCCAAAGAAUUAAUCUCUUACCUGGAAUUGUGGAGAUACAACAUCCAUAGCAUUGAAGAGAAAUUUGGCACUGGGAUCAAGUCUUACUUUUCUUUCCUGCGGUUCCUGGUGGUGUUGAACGUUGUCAUCUUCCUUCUCCUGUUCAGCUUUAUCGCCCUUCCGACUGCUCUUUUUAGAUACGGAAUUGUCAACGGCAGCUACGUGAAGGUUCCCCUAGAAACAGAGCCAGAGUGCACGGUUUAUGCAAUCAGUAGCACCAAAGGACUUGUCUCUUUCUACAGUUAUAUUAUAGAUCUGCUAUCGGGCACAGGGUUUCUUGAAAUGACAAGUCUCUUUUAUGGCUAUUACACAGUGGAUAAUGUAUAUUUGGGCCUGCUGGAAUAUCAUGUGCCGCUUGCGUAUUUGCUGAUCACGCUGGCUUACCUUUCUUUGAGCUUUGUCUGGAUUAUCAAAAGGUCGGUUGAAGGUUUUAAGCGAAGCUUGGUGUACAGUGAAGAUCCGUUUCAGAGCUACUGCAACAAAAUUCUUGCUGGCUGGGAUUUCUGCAUUACAGAUGUAAACGCCGCACGGCUGAAACAGAGUAGUUUACUUUAUGAACUUAAAACUGAUUUGCAGGAAGAAGACAGAAGGCAGAAGGCAGCAGAAAGAACCCUCAAAGAGAAAAUACGUAUCUAUUGCUUGAGAAUCUUCUUAAACGGUGUCGUUUUGGCUGUUCUAUCAGCUUGUUUUUAUUCCAUCUAUAGAGUAACUGUCUAUUCACAAGAACAUACUUUCCAAGAAAACAACAUCAAAUUUGACAACCUCUUUGUGCAAUACUUACCUUCUAUGGUGAUCACCGUAGCGAACUUUUUUGCCCCCCUGAUUUUUUCGUUUCUCGUCCAAUAUGAAGAUUAUUCGCCUGUCUUUGAGAUACGAUUAACUCUGAUCAGGUGUGUCUUCGUGCGAUUGGCCAACAUUGUUGUCCUUUUGGUCUCGCUGUGGGCUCGGAUCACAUCCUGUGCUGACAAGUGCAAGACAUGUGGAUACAAUUAUGACCUUUAUCCAUGCUGGGAAUCUCGAGUUGGCCAGGAAAUGUAUAAACUGAUGAUCUUUGACUUGAUCAUCAUCUUUGCCGUUAUAGUCUUCAUUGACUUUCCUAGGAAGUUGAUCAUUACCCAUUGUCCCGUGAAGGCCUUUCAGUGGGUUGGGCUGCAGGAGUUUGCCAUCCCAGACAACGUGUUGGAGAUAGUUUAUGGACAAACCAUCUGCUGGAUUGGAACUUUCUACUGUCCUCUUCUCCCAGCAAUUGCAGCCAUAAAAUAUUUCAUUGUCUUUUAUAUUAAAAAGAUAAGUUUGAUGCACACAUGUAAACCUUCUGCCCGGCCCUUCAGAGCCUCCAGCUCCAACUUUUUCUUCCUGGUGGUCCUCCUGAUUGGUCUCCUUUUGGCAUUCAUUCCUUUGGGAAUCAGCAUGACACACAUUCCGUCUUCUAAAGCCUGUGGGCCUUUUGUGAAUUUCCAUCGUUCGUGGGAUGUCAUUGGACAUACCAUAAAGAAAUUCCCCCGCCUGUUGCAAAGAAUCUUGAAUGGCAUUUCUUCUGAAACGUUUGCUGUGCCUUUCUUCAUGGUUACCUGCUUUAUUGUGUUUUGUUUCAUUGCCUUGGCUGGAGCACAUAAAAGAGUGAUUAAUCAACUGAGGGAACAAUUAGCUAUGGAGAGUCGUGACAAGCGUUUCCUGAUUCAGCAAUUGACUCAAGCUCACAGACUUCACUGAGUACCAUUCAUUCCCACUGGAGGGAACGUUAAGUCAAAGCAAGUAGGUGGUGGCUUAAGGAAAUAACUGGAGUGUUCACCAUCACGAACUGAGGAGGACAUAUUCAGCUUGCUGUAGAUGGAGUGCCUACUGCAACGGGGGCUUCCAUCCUGUUAGAGCGCCCUACUGUGGAGUUCAUCUUUAUUUAUAGUCCUGCCAUCCUCAAUUUCACCCUCUUCCUUAGGAUGCAGGACAAUUGUCAAUAGACCCAGGGAAUCGCUAAUGCCAGGCUGUGAUGCUGAUCUUGAAGUGAGCCUCCCAUUUUUUUUUCAAAGGAUUUCUGCACUUUGCCUGAUUUCUACAGAAUGAAAUGACUGCUCCAAAUCUCUGCUUUGGUUCAGAAUGUACAGUAGUGACAACACAACAACAAAACCCUUUACUCUUCACAGGCAAGCUGUUUUAAUUAACAUUUCUUAAUUUUUUAAUGUUGAGCCCCUAUAGAAUUUUAUUUGUUCAAGGUAAGUCUUUUCCAGAUUUACAUGGUGUUUUACUGUUUUUGUAUUAUUGUUUUAUGGAGAUAAAAGUCUUAUGGAGUUGGGCAACUUUCUAAACCCAAUCAGUAAAGAAAGUACAAAAGGUCAGGGAUUGCUGGUCAGAGCUGAGCAAUCAUAGCCGUGGAGAUUUCCAGGUUGCUAGACUCCAUAUCACUGGCCUUGUUUACAUAUCACCUUGACACCUUUGUUCAGUGGACACAAAUCUUGGCUGCAGGCACUCAGAAAACAGCAACCAUUCUUAAAGCCGAGGGGUUGAGAAUUGAAUGACUAGGUGACUGAAAGUUUCCUCACUAACUUGAGCACAUAACUUCUGUUAUAGGGCCCUAGUAAGGGUAGUCAUUUAGUGACUGCUUCAUUUAGCGACCAUUCGCAGUUAGGAUGGUGAUGAGAAAGUAACUUUACGACCAAUCCU